UUGAGUUACGAUUGUCUCCCAACCAAUCAAUUGUUAGAAAAAAUUGUUUGCCAUGGCCAAGAUCCUCCUACUUGUAUCCUUGUUGUUGUAUAUCACCAUUGCAGAAGCUGCUCCAAUACCAGCAGAAUGGAGUGCCACCGCUAGCAAGUCCAUCAACGCUAUGAAAUUGAAGCUCGCUAAGGCUCUUGAUGAAGUCGUCCUUGCUGCCCCACCACCCAAAAGGUCAGAAGUCAAAAAGGCCACGACAGGGCACAUGAAAACCAUUGACACCCUUCUCGCUAAGGCCCGUGCCACAGGAGAUGAGAAGAAAGCUAUUAGAAUUGCUAGUUCCUAUGAGGAAGCUGCUGACCUUGUCAUUGCUGCCCCGCCAGCUCAGAAGUUUGACGCAAUGGAAAGCACCUUCUCUAUGGCAGCUAUGCCAGAUCCAACAAAAUGCCCCACCGUUGACGAGGCCUUUUGUGAGACACACUCCAAAAUCAAGAAGGCCCAAGAAGAAGUCAUAGCUGCUGCCCCACCAGCCAAAGCGAAAGAAAUUAAAGAUGCGGUAAUAGCUCAAGGAUUUGCUAUGGGCCAAGCUAUCAGCAAGGCCUAUACAACAGGAGAUGAGAAAAAAAUUGCAUUAGUUCUUGGUGACUACAACAAUGCUGCCGAUGCGGUCAUUGGAUCUCCCCCUGCUGAAAAAUAUGAAGCAAUGGAAGGGGCCUUCACUGCUGCUGCCCGUCCCAGCAAGGCAUAGUACGACCCACUCUACUUGAUUAAAAGUUCAUUUCCCUUCAGUUUAAAUUCUUUUUUCACUAUCCUCGCUGAUUCUUGUAAUAGUAAAGCCGCCUUCGAAUAUGCCAAACUAGCCCCGGGCUGCAUGUAUUAGCAUGCAAUCCGGCACUGUAAUGCCUGUAACUUGAUUGUAAUCUCUAUCUCUGUUUUUAAUUCAUGUUCUUGCUGAUUGUAAUCUCUGAAUUUGUAUCUAAAUUUAUUUUCCAUAUUUUUAUUAUGGCAUAUAAUAAAAAAACUCCUUAAAUUU